AACUCAUGGUGGUGGAGCUGCUCUGUGCACCAGUACUAAAACAUCCAAAAAAUGUGUAAGGGAUUAGCUGCCCUGCCUCAGACAUGUCUGGAAAGGGCUAAAGAGAUAAAGACAAAAUUGGGAACUCUGCUCCAGAAGCCAGAAAAUGCUAUUGACCUUAUCAUCCCAUACCCUGAAAAGCCUGAGAAGAAACCAGAGAAGCUUCAGAAGCCAUCCCCUGAAGAAGCUGCUGAGUGGCGGGACUCUCUGGACCGCAUGAUCAACAACAAUUAUGGCCUAGCAACCUUCAGGAGUUUCCUGAGGUCUGAGUUCAGUGAGGAGAAUAUUGAAUUCUGGGUGGCAUGUGAGGAUUUCAAGAAGACUAAAGCCCCCCUGAAAAUGGCCACCAAAGCCAAGAAGAUUUAUCAGGAUUUCAUCCAAAAUGGUGGACCCAAAGAGGUUAACAUAGAUCACUUUACCAAGGAGCUGACCCUGAGAAACCUGGUGGACCUUUCUCCGUCCAGCUUUGAUCUGGCCCAGAGGCGCAUCUACACUCUGAUGGAGAAGGACUCCUUGGGCCGUAGUUCCUCAGAUCUGAGCAGUACCAGGAACUGACCAAGUAAACAGAAUUCACUCCAGCUGCAGGGACACAAUGCAACAAAUCCAUUACAAUCUAUGUAGUUCCCAGCACCAGUUUAUUCCACACCUAGUGUAGUGCCUUCAUGUGCUAUGCUACUGCCUUGCCCCACAGACUAUUGUCCUGAAAACAUGAUCUUAACCUCUUCUGAAAGGGACCAUUGACAGUGUGAAAUUGUAUAAAUGAAAAAACAUUGUCUUCCUGCAGCUUACCACAAUAUUAACUCACAACUUUUAAAAUAUUUGUUUGAUGUCUAAAUAACCAACACUACAAAUAUUAUGCCUAGAAAAAAAUAAUUGUCAUAUCAGUAAACAUUUAAAUUGUACAAGCUCUUAAUGUAUAUUUUACGCACUGUUCACAGCUUGAAAUGCAUAGUCUGUUAACUGGAGUAGUGUUCUCUUUUCAUCCCCGUGGACCAAAUAAAAUGGAAAACUGUAGUCAGACUGAUCCCCCCUUUCAAUUCAUGCCUUAUCUUGGCAAUUAGAAGAGUUGCUCAUGUUUUUGGACAGGGCAAUCUGACCUCCAAGGCACAAUUAGAAGUGUCUGAGCACUGAGUUCUUCACAGAGAGCGAUUUGUGGUGGGGUGGGAGAGAACAGGGAGGGCUUUUUCUUGGAAAUGUCCACAUUAAUGUCCACAGUAUGGUAAAUGGGGAGGGGGAAAUACACACUUAAUCCAGAAAGGCCCACCAUCAGUCACAGUAAGAGAAAGCAAGUGACAUGUUUAAAUGCACUGAGUUCCUGGGAAAAGCCAGAGAGGAGGCUGGUUGCAGCAUAGCAGCCAAAUUGUAAGUUGCUAAGAUGGGAUAUCAAGUAGUAUGGGAUCUCUAUAAAGCAGAGAAAACCGUAUCUUCAUCCAGAGCUUUCCCAAGAAAGGGCCAAAGCACAAAGCAAAUAUACUCUAACAGUGUAUGUGGAUUGUAGCAAAGCAUAAUGUACUCUAGACCAAAUCAUUGGUAUCACCAUUUUUGUCACAGAGUUUAUAAACAUAUAUAUAU